UUUACGACAUGGAACAAAGGUCUGGGUGAGCAGACUGCAUCAGGCUGACAGGUGACCUACAGUUCAGCUGAGUGUCGGUAGAAGUACAGGUGAGGAUAAUGGAAAGGUGCCGGCAAACUCCUCUACUACUGUUGCUGACUGCAGUAGCAGCUUUGAAUAUACAUGCUGCAGUUAUCAAUGAAGACAAACUGGUGAAGAAAUUGACCAACAACCUUCUUCAAGUCAUCCCUCACAACGGCAACAGUUCCACUGUUGAUAAACUUUUGAUUGAGGGGGGUCUAAUAGCUCUAAAUGAGACUGACAGAUCGGCCCUGGCUAGUUAUCCCGCACUGGAAGAGCUCCACCUGCUUGGUAACAGAGUGACCAGUAUACCAGCAAAGUACUUCUCUGUGGUACCACACCUCAAAGUGCUGUCACUGUCUGGGAACAAGAUCAGCAGCUUGGACGCUGAUUGUUUUUCUGGUCUAGAUGUCCUGACAGAGCUGGACCUGUCCAACAACCUGCUGACAAGUCUCCAUUCACAGCUAUUCAGAGGGCUCAAUAAUCUGCAGGUGAUAAACCUACAGGGAAACCCCUGGAACUGCUCCUGCCCGCUGCUGAGCACCAUUCAAGAGGUCAAAACAGCUGGAGUUUCUAUUGGGUACAAUGGGGGAGCACAAGUCCUCUGUGCUGCUCCAGGAAAGCAGGCUGGAAUGGAUUUAUUAGAGGCUAUAGCUGCGUGUUAUCCAUCACCAACAACCACCUUCACCACUGACCCUCAAAAACCACCUACACCGGCCAGUCUGAAGAAGUCUUGGGGCUCAUCCACUAUGCUGAAGAACACAUCAGACCAGAAAAACAACAUCAACAAAGGUACGGCAUAGGAAGGAGCCUGUAUUCUUAUUCAACCUUCUGUUACAUUUUGUAGGAGUGUAAACAGAACAUUAACUUGUCUCUCCUUCCUCUCUUUACACAAAACCAAAAACUAGGACCAACGCCUGUGUCUGGCAAUACAUGGAAGUUCGCAGCGUGUGUUGCAACUCUGGCGCUAUGUACAUGCAUGCUCAUCAUAUGUGCCAUAAAGGGGCCUUCCUGGUACAAGCUAUUCCAUAACUACCGUCAUCAGCGACUGCACUGCACCGAGGAGGAGGGGGACAACGUGUCAACAGUUUUCUCAAAGACGGGGAGAUACCUCAACCAACAGACGUUCACCUUCGAGCGAGAGAACAGGCAGAUGGAGUUGGAAGAGGAGGAGGAUGGGUAUUUUGAGGAUCCAUAUAUCAAAGGGGGAGAGUGACAUUAAAGGGGAUGAUACUCAAUCAGACAAAUUAGCAAAACAAAAUAGCUGCUAGUGAACGAGGGACAAGAUAAGGAGGAAAUCACCACGGCAAAGAAAUCUAUGAUUUGUCCUCAACGGUGAGCGGUGUGGGGCUAAAAGAUGAUUUCCCCUUGAUAAAUGUCUUGUAAUAUUUAUUUUCAAAGCACUGUUUAGGUUUUAUCAUGCUUGGGGUAACUUCUAAUUUGUCCUUGCUCUGUUGUUCUUACUGUAAGAUUGUUCUAAUGUAGGAUAUCAUGAAACUGUUUUCGUAUUAUUCUACAUCACUCUGUGACACCACACCGUGCUUAACAUAUUAAGUAAAGACUGGAACAUUUGAGGUGUUUCUCAACUAAACAGGACUCCUCUCUCGCUGUCUAAUAAAGUCUAACAUGUGUGGUACGAUCGUACUUUGACAUAAACUGCACACAUGUCGGUACUUAGAUCCCAUUUUACUGAGGUGCACUUGAUGUAAACAAGCCAGUAGACACCUGUACUUAUAAUUUACUUUAGAUAGUUCACACCCAUUGUUAAACAAUGCAUACAAUCCUGCAUGUAGACAUAAAACCUCGGACAAAAGCAUGGACAAAGAUUAAGAAUAUAAAAUAGUUUGUGAAGAAUUAAGUGACUUUAAAGUUUAAACAUUGUAUGGCAUGCAAUGUUUAAACUUUCUAUUCUAUUUGUGAAGUUUCUCCACGAUUACAUUUGUCCUGGUAAACUGUAAGUGAAGUGUUGUGAAGUAACUAAGAAAAAAAUGCGCUCAGCUGUUUAUUUUGACAAUCUUGACAGGCAGUUUUCUUCCAUUAAGUGAAGCUUCUGUCAGCUGAGCCACAAAGCCUCUCUCCUUCCUAAUGAUCUACAGAGGCUGAUACAAGCAUUCAUGACGUCUAGACUCGACUAAUGUCCUUCUUUGUAUGUGGGUUUGGACCGGUCAUCCACCCAACGCCUGCAGCUGGUUUUAAAAUGCGGCUGCUCGCCUCUUAACAGGCAAAAAAAAAGAAGAAAAAAAAAGAGAGACCACAUAACCGCUGUGCCGCUUUCCCUCCUGGCGCACUUUCCACUACAGGGUUGAAUUUAAAAUGUUGUUGUUGGCUGUUAAAGCAUUUCAUGAUUUGGCACUGCUCCAUUUUCAUGAUCCAGGUAGAGCACUAAGGUCUACCAAUCAGCUGCUCCUGGAUGUGCCCAACACAAGGCUCAAAACCAGGAGAGAACCAGCUGCAAAUAAGAUCUGCUCCCACUCUCGACUGUUUUAAAUCAUUGAUGAAGACCCACCUCUUCUCUUUGGCUUUCUUUUAAGAUGAGAACGUUUUAUCCUCACAGAUUUGCCUAUUAUUUCUAAUAUUAUUCUAUGAUGUAUGCUGUAUUCUUGUUUAAUGUUUCACCUUUUUUACUCUGUAAAGCACUUUGGUCAACAUUUGGUUGUUUUAAAUGUGCUAAAAAAUAAAGCUGAUCUGACUUGACAUAAAGUGAUCGAACACAA